GCAUCACCACGACGAAGACAGCGUUGGUGGCAUAAUCACUCGCGGUCACGUCCGUGUAUACAUACACAAGAAUACCUCUGCUAAACACACGCUACCUGCCAAGGCAGGAUCAACCGCUAUGAUGGCGCAAACAAUCAACGUUCUGCUCUCCUCUUUCCCAGGACUGUCCUUACCACCGACACUCUCGAUCUCUCUGCCUUCGACAUCGACCAUUUCCGAUGUGACCGAGAAAAUCGCUUCUUACCUACCCGCGUCUCUGAGCGCUCAGUCCUUGAUCCUCACGACUACGAGCAACAAACAGUUGUCUCCAUCCUCAGAAUCAUUACUCUCGCUCCUCCCCAGACACGAUGACUCUACUAAAGUAUCGAACUUUCUGCCACUACGACUUACCGUCCCUUUGUGCGGAGGUAAGGGAGGUUUCGGUUCUCAGCUGCGUGCCGCUGGUGGCCGUAUGUCUAGCAAGCGAAAGCGCAACCAAGGCGACAACAAUGGAUCCAACCGCAAUCUUGAUGGACGACGCUUGCGCACCGUCAAUGAAGCAAAAGCACUCGCUGAGUACCUUGCAGUGAAACCUGAGAUGGAGAAGAAAGAGAAGGAAGAGCGCAGGCGCCGAUGGCAGGCGAUCGUGGAAGCAGCUGAAAAGCGGGAGGAAGAGUUGAAGAAUGGUGGGGGAAGGGCCAAGAUCGAUGGUCAGUGGAUGGAGGAUAAGGACGAGAUGAGCGAAAAGGCGCGAGAGGCCGUCCUGCAGGCGAUGAAGGAUGGAAUGUGGAAAGACAAUCUCCGUGAUGCGCUCCUGGGAGGAUCAAGCACCAGUGCUAGUGAAGGCAGCGGAAGCGGUUCGCCUGCUAGUUCGAGUGAAGAGAGCGAGGAUGAGGAUAUGGAAGAGCCGGCAGCGGACGCAGCAGGCCCGUCUGAACCUCAACCAAAGCCUGUCGCCAGGAAAUUCUUCGGUUUUGACGACGAAGAUGAAGAGUUCAUGAGCGACAGCGACGAAGAGAGUGGGAAGGAAGAAGACGAAUCUGCUGUUGUUGCAUGUCCUGAACGCUCUCAAGACCAGUACAUACCGCAAGCUCUCCGCGGAGGUUUGUUUGAGCUGCAACAUUUUCACAUCAUGUUUCUGUGCCCCAGAUGCAUUGUUUCAAAGUCCAUAAGACCAAACAUUCGCGGUCUUUUAUUACCUACUUCCUUUCAGCGGCCGCUGUCGACAUUGUCGACUAGGACGCCCCGUUUAACCCGUCAACCUUUAAUCGCAAGCCGUCGCAAUUUCCAAGCUACUGCGAGACAGUCAGAUGCGUCGAUAGAAACUCAACCGCCACCAAACAAGCCGCUAGAUUUGGAUAAAGAGCUGCUCCCGAUAUGUUGCCCAGGCUGUGGCGCAUAUUCUCAGACGAUAGACCCGAACGAACCUGGGUACUAUAGCAUGACAAGGAAGGAGACUCGCAAGCUUUUGAAUAAAACGAAACGUCUCGCUGAGGAGAAGGAUAAACUGCUGCUGUCGCCUGCGAUAGAAACUUCAACCGGGAAUCAGGAUGCUGCUUCCGAGCCUGGAGCAAAAGCGGUCGAGAAUAAUGUACCUAAACCUGCCCACGGUGCUCUAGUGAAAGAAGAUGUGGUUGUUGCAAAUGCCAGCCGCUACGCUGAAGAAACCUCGAUACCCUCGCCGGUUUGCGACAGAUGCCAUAACCUCGUUCAUCAUAACCAAGGUGUCGCAGCACCGGCGCCCACAAUAUACUCCAUCCGCGAGCUGCUCGACGAAUCUCCACAUAGACGCAAUCGCGUUUACCAUGUCAUCGAUGCGGCUGACUUCCCGAUGUCCCUGAUACCGAACAUAUACGAUGCGCUUUCCCUGCAGGGUCAGCGCUCGAAGAAUCGUAGGGCGAAAACCACGAAGUAUGUCUCCGGAAAACUACAAACCACGAUAAGCUUCAUUAUUACACGGUCAGAUUUGCUGGCUGCUACCAAGGAGCAAGUGGACUCGAAGAUGAACUACAUACGGGAUGUGCUGCUCAAUGCUCUUAAUCAAGAUAAAGAGGAUAUCCGUUUCGGCAACGUCCAUAUGAUCAGUGCCCAUCGGGGCUGGUGGACAAAGUCAGUUAAAGACGAGAUCAGAGAACAUGGGGGCGGUAUCUGGGUGGUGGGUAAAGCUAAUGUAGGGAAGAGCAGCUUCAUCGAAGUCUGCUUCCCGAAGGACUCAAAGAACCUAGAAAAACUGGCAGACCUCUUGGAGCGCGAUCCGCAGCAAUUCCUCAAUUCCGCACAAAAUAACGAGCUUCCCCUACCAGACGAAGACAGUUUGUUGCCUCCAGCACCUCGUGAAGAUCUAUAUCCUACACUUCCAGUUGUUUCGUCGCUGCCUGGAACGACAGUGUCACCAAUUCGGAUCCCAUUCGGACACGGCAGGGGAGAGAUGAUCGACUUGCCAGGCCUUGAGCGUGAAAGCUUGCAGGAGUAUGUCCGUGAAGAAUAUAAAUCGGAUCUCAUCAUGACCAAGCGUGUGAAGCCUGAGCGGAUCACCAUAAAACCUGGCCAAUCACUUCUUCUUGGUGGAGGGCUCAUCCGAAUCACACCUGUUGAUGUUGAUGAUGUCGUGAUGGCCGCUUGCUUCUUGCCUAUCGAAGCUCAUGUUACCAGAACAGAGAAAGCUAUCGAGGUCCAGGCCGGUGCGCGGGCGUACGCUGGCACGAACAUCAUCAAAGAAGAGGCCAAAGCCACCAUAUCGUCCGCUGGGAUCUUCGAACUCAAGUGGGAUGUGACCGAUAGCCAUCUUCCCCGGUCAGCCAAGAAACUCCUGGAGGAUCAGGGUAUCCCGCCUCCUCCACUUCCGUAUAAGGUCUUGUCAGCAGAUAUUCUUAUUGAAGGAUGUGGCUGGCUUGAACUCACCUCACAAAUCCGAGCCAGAACGACACCGGGGGUGUCUAAAGGAUUUCCGAGAGUCGAGAUCUUCAGCCCACGCGGAAAACACGUCGGGACUCGAUCUCCGAUGGAGGCUUACGAGUUCAUCGCCCAAAAGAAAGUCUCAGAUAAAAGGAAGAAAGGCACCCGUCCGGCUAGGCAGAACAUCAGUCAAAAGAAGCGGGCAAGCCAUGCGUCUAAACUUUGA